GAGUUGUUUUAUACUAUUUGAUGACUGCGGUGCGUUGAACGUGUGACAUCUUACUCACGAAACUCGGUAGAUGUCUUGUAUUUGACGCUGAAAUUAUUUAGAUGCAAUAAUAUGAAGAUUUGAUCACUUGGAACGCUAUGAUUUAGUGUGUCGGUUGAUAAAGACCAAGUUAUUAGUGAGUGCAUCAAUUACGAAUUUCCUGCAUAUCUGAAAAAAAAAUCAUUGCAAGGCGAAGCUGUUGCAGUGCGGAAUAUGAUGGUGGACUGCAAUAAGACCAUCAGUGUUGGUUUUUGGAUUAGCGAUGGUAAAUGGAAGAGGCUUCAGUUAGAUAAAAUAGAGGCCAAGCCGACAGAAGUAGAUGGCGAAAAAACCACUGUUAUACCGAUCAAAAUAAACAAGCUAACUGAUGUGCUCAAGUGUGAUAUUGUUGUAAGCAAGCGCAAAAACGUAGACAAUGAUCCGGAAGACAUAGUUAUAUCGAAACAGCUUGAAUUGUAUCCUAGCAUUAUCGAGCUAGAUGAGCGAAAGGAUCAAAAGGUGAUUUUCAACCGAAGAGAUACUUUUCAAAAUUUAAACCUAGUAGCAAGUGAUUUAAAGCCUGUUCUAGUUAUGCCGUCUUUUACUUUGACAAGCUCGCGUGAACUUGACGAAUUACUUGAUCUCACUGACGAUACUUCGAAGUUUCCUUUUAUUUGCAAACCUAACAUUUUACGAGGUAAUGACUCCGACCAUCAUAUGAAAAUCGUUUACAAAAAAGAAGAUUUUACUGAUUUAAAUUUCGAAGAGUACCUGUUUCAGCCAAUGGUCAAACACAAAGGACUUUUGAAAGUGUUCGUUAUUGGGGAAGUUUUUUACGUAGCCGUGCGUCCGAGUGUAAAUAGUUUUAUGGACGAGAAGCAGUGCAAAAUGUUUGUAACUUCGGAAUGGAAGUCACUCAAACCGAAUGAUAUAGAUCUCAACAUGUAUCUUCGCGACUCAGUAAGUGACGAAACAAUUCGAAAUCUGAUGCAUGUCAUGGCGAUUCAUUUCAAACUGUCCUUAUAUGGAGUAGACUUGAUUAUAGCUGAAGAUGACUCACCGUUCAUCAUUGACGUCAAUGUUUUUCCAGGGUACUCUGAAAUGAUCCAGAAUAGAGGCAUCGAUUAUGUCCAUGAUGCAAUUUUAUCACUUGCCUUGCAAAAAUUUAAAUCAAUUGGCACUUGAUUAUUCUAAUAAAAGGUGCUGCAGUAAGCAGAAUUUUAUGAAAAAAAGUUUUAUCAAUUAAAAAUUUUAUCAAAUAAAAAUUCGA